CCAAAUCCACAGCCAUGAAGAUGGGAAGAUGUAUUGGACUGUCAGCAUACCAGGAACUUUGUGUGCAUUCGCAUGGCUGGUGCUCCAGGUGGAAGCGUAUAGAGAAAAAUUGAAGGGAUUGGAGCACGCCGAGCACAGCGGGGCAAAUGCUUCAAAUGCUGCCAGCAAAGCCUCUCCUGAUGCCAUGCCAGUACUGUUGCUUUGGUUCUUGGUCUUUGACUUCAUCUUUCUCUACCUGUCCAACACAACUUACUCUCUUAUGCGAGAAAACUUCUUCAAGAUGGUAAGUUACACCGUCUCCAUCUUUUGUGCACUUCUUGUGGAGAUGGCCGUUGUCGAAAUUCUGCUUGAGGGCUUGCUGAGACUGGGUGGGAUGUCUGAACCGCACUAUGAUCUAGCAUAUUUGAUCUUCACUUUGCUGCUUUUUCCGGCUUGGUUCAUUGGCAUCAGCUACAGCACCUGGUUCGUCCAAGACUCCAGUGAUAGCGUUGUAGCCGCAGGAGGUGUCAUUGCUCAUACUGCAGCAUUUACAGGUAUCGACUUGAGUGUUCGUUUGCAGAAGAUUUUGGCGACCAAAUUUGACAAAGUUACGGGCGUCACGAUGAGCAUCUACGUGGUAAGCCCCCUUUUGGCCAUGCUUGUUUGCAAGCUCUUCAGCAACAUGUCGCACUGGGUGAGACGGAAGAAGCUCAUGGAUAACGUGAUACAGCAGAAGGAGGGCGAUGGCCAUGGCCCCUUCUGGGCCCAUGAGGCUUUUCACGGUGAGUUGGAAUGCGCGGCCAUUCUUUCUGGUUGGCUUUUUCGUCAGGCUUUGUUGACUGUUGUGCAGCAGCGAAUUCCCACCAAAAGUGGGGACAUCGAAGUGACUCUUGCAGGGCCAGUGAUGUUCCUCACCGUCGGCGGAUUCAUUUGUGCCAAGUCCGUGCUGGCAGCUCUUCCUUGGAAGAACCACCUGACUACCUUCGUUCAACUCUUGCUGGGUAUGGCUGCUUGCUGGUGCUUCAUGAGCUUCAUCAUGUAUGACAUCAAGCAGAAUGUGGACCUCCCAGACCAUAGAUGGCUGUUCCUACUCUUUUCGGUGAGUGCAGUGGCCAUCACCGCAAUGUUCGUGUUGGGCUACAUGGCAGACUGGCGCAUGCUGCAGAAAGACCAGCUCCAGGAGCUCAUCGCGGUUUGUGGCAUUGCCACAGGCCUUGCUUGGGAGAAGUCGUUUGAAUGGGCUGUGAAGCAGGUUGUCAAAAAUGAUGUCCUUACGUACAACCGGCAUGCUGUGAAUUUGCUCCGUCACGGUUCGCCACUGCUGGCUGAUCUCACCAGGCAGCUGAAAAUCUUUGAGGUGCACAGGGAGGAUGCCGCAGAAGAUAUCCUCAAGCGACCUAAAGAGAUCCUCUUGUUGGCUUGGCAGAUUACACAGAUUUGGUAGGUCGAAAUAAUAAAAAAAAUCAAAAUGAUCGCAAGUGCAUUCCGUAACAUUUGGUAAAAUGCUUGUGGCUUGUCCUACUUGUUCCAUUCCUGGUCCUAGUGCCGCUAGUGGAGGUUGGUGCGUACCUGGCCAUUCUCGCAGUGAUGGUGCCGGCAUGGCGCUGGUACAUUGUGCCUCUCGCAAACCACCACUAGCAUCAACAAGACAAAGUGUGACGGCAUUGCGCUGCAGAGCGGCCGUAUAGCCUGAAAACUGCUCGAAUUGCUUGGCUUAUCCAGUGUAUCGCUAUGGGGGCAGGUCGAUUCAAG